AUGAAACUCUAAAAAAUUAAAAGUAUCUUACUUCUACUCUUGAUUGCCUCUUGCAUAAACUGCGAUGAUUUAAGAGGAACCCUUUAAUGGAAUGAUAGCGUUGACACUAGCUCAAUUAAAUAUAUUCCAAACGUGCAAUAUCUUGGAUAAGGAUACAAUAUCUUCACUUCAAACCCUCACUCAUCUUAAGGUCUUGAUCCUGGCUAUUAAAAUGUUGCAGCUAUCAAUUUAACAUAUGCCAAUAAUUUAUGGUAAAAUGUUAAUCCUGAAAGAAAUUACUUUGUUCCAAAUGGUGUUAUGCUAUCUUAACAAAAAAGCUGCACAAUGUCUUUCUCUGCAAAAUAGGUUACUUCUAUGAUUGACUAUACAAGCAGUUUAGAAGCAUCAGUUUCUAUCAGAGGAACCUUUUUUGGAGGUAGAUUUAGAGCCAGUGUAGAUUAUUAGAAUAUGCAAAAUGAUAUGGCUAGUGGCACUUAUCAAUAUAUUGUCUCCAAUUCAAGAUGUUCAGUCUUCUAAUUAGAUUUAAUUGAUUCUCCUACUUAUCACCCUCAAUUUUCCAACGAUAUCUUGCUUAAUUUACAAUAAUUAGCUUUAAAUCAAAAUAAUGCAAAUAAUACAGAAGCAAAUGCUUAUUACGAUUUCUUUGAUAACUGGGGCACCCAUGUAGUUACUUCAGUUGAUCUUGGCUCUCUUUUCGGUUACAAAUUCAAGAUGCUUAAGACUGAUGUUCAAAGUAUGCAAAAUCAAGGUAUUGAUGUUUCAGCAAGUGCAACAUUAUUCAAUGUGAGAGGUAGAACUAAUACUCAGUUAGAAUAGAAUAGCUUGAAUUCUUUUAGUUAAUCUAUUUAAAGCUGGACUUCAUACUCAAUUGGAGCUACUCCUGAUUUAAACAACGAUCCUGCAAAUUGGGCUACUUAAACUCUCACAAAACCUAUGCCAAUUAAGAGUUCAAUUACUCCUUAUCACGAAGCUCUAAAAAUCUUCACAUAAGGCGGUAAUAACAUUUUAUCAAGCACUCAAAUAUUACAACUUUACUCUAAACUAAGAAUGUAUGCUAACUCAUAUUGCUAAAAUAGAUUAUUAGCAAAUGGUUAAGUCGAUUAUUGCAAGGGUAAUACUUAGGAUAAUUAUAAUCUUAGUUAAUUAGCUUAAACAGUUACUUAUUAUGAUGUUUCUCUAUUAGAUAUCACAAGAACUUAAAUAUCAGCUUAUUACUAGAAUUAAACUACAUUCAACACCUAACUCUAGCUUUCUCCUAUUGAGAGUACUAUUGGAUACAGAUUCUUCUUUAAGUACAAUAACCAAAUUUUAAAUGGCGUAACUACUUACUAUGUUAGCAUAGUUGCUACUACUGGUAAUAGUUUUUGUUUGGUAGGAAAUCCAACUUUAGGAGAACCAGCAACAAUCAGCAGUUGCCCUUUAAACGAUAACGCUACUUUCUAGUACGUGGCAUAUGAUGAUAACAUAUUUAGCUUGAGAUUUAAGAGUGAUCCUACUAAAUGUUUAGGGUUCGAUAGCUAAGGAAUACUGAGAACAAUGGUAACUGAUUCAUGUUUCGAAUGCUAGGUUAUAGAGCUAAUUUAAAACACUUAAUUAAAAGCUAAAAAUUGA